AUGCUGGCCUGCCUCCCAGGACCCGGCGACCUCUCCUUCCAGCUGCUUCCUUACCCGCAGAUGAACACUGGGCUUCAGAAAUGGGACACUCCACAGAAAAUGAGAGCCGCACAGCACCCUACUCCAGCAGAGUUGGACGCGUAUGCUAAGAAGGUAGCCAACCACCCUCUGACCAUCAAAAUUUUCCCCAACAGCAUCAAGGUCCCUCAGCGGAAACACGUGCGCCGUACUGUGAACGGGCUGGACACUUCUGGGCAGAGGUACAGCCCUUACCCGCCGUCGCAGGCAUCCGUGAAAACAGGCCUCCUGGCCAUCGUCCGGUCCCCGGCCAAAGGGGUCAUCAAGGACUUUGACGGGAAGCGGACCCGCCUGCUGCCGGAAGCCAUGAUGAACCCCCCCUCGGUCCCCUACGCGGCACCUAGCACUUUAACCCACCCCCAGGCGCUGGCUCGCCAGCAGGCCCUCCAGCAGCUCCACUCUCAGGGCGUCCCCCCCGCCCUGCAGCCGCCACAGAACGUGGCCCACCCCGGCCUGCAGCAGCAGCAGCUGCCGCCGCAGCACCCCGCCAACCACUUGCAGCAGCCUCCGCAGCCCCCGCCGCUGGCGGGCAUGCACCUGGGCAGGAAGAUGGCCGACGCCGACGCCCCUCCGAAUGUGACCGUCUCUACCUCAACCAUCCCGCUCUCCAUGGCUGCCACGCUGCAGCAGAGCCAGCCCCCGGACCUGAGCAGCAUCGUGCACCAGAUCAGCCAGUUCUGCCAGGCGCGCACGGGCGCCAGCGCUACCUCAGUCUGCGAGGGACAGAUCGCCAACCCCAGCCCCAUCAGCCGCAACCUCCUGAUCAGCGCCAGCACCCGGGUGUCCGCGCACAACAUCCCCACGCCCCUGCCUUCCUGCGGCAUGGUCAACCCUGGCGACCACGCCGCGCCGGUCCCGCCCUCCGCCAUGGGGGUGCCGCUGGGCAGCGUGGCCCGUGGCCCUCCUGCCUACCAAAGCGACAUGAAGCAGGUGGCCGCGGCCUGGAACCAGCACCAGCUGGCUCACCUACAGCAGAUGUGCGGCGAGGCCAUCGGACCCUCGGCCCCCAUGGGGAAGCCCCCCGGGCGAGAGCUCCCCGGGCAGGGCUUACCCGGCAAAGGGUCGGGCUACGCCCUGGAGCUGUGCAUGGCCCAGCCGUUCGGCACGAAGGCUGCCCUGGAGAAGCCCGCCCCCUCGCCCCCCAUCAACGGCCUGCCUGGCCCGCCCCCCUUCACCAACGGGCACUACUUCCAGCCCCCGCUGUGGAAUAACAUUCUGCCCACGCCCAACAGCGACAGCUCGGGCUCCCAGGACCUGGCCCUGCCGUUCCACGGGGGCGGCGGCGGAGGAGGAGGAGCAGGCGGACUGCAGACGAUGGGGGCAGCUGCCCUGGAGUGCACGGCUGGCCCCCACUGCCGAGCCGGGGCAGGGCCCCCCGGCCCGGGCAGCGUGAUGCCACCGAUGGAGUACCCGGACUUCCACCGGUCCUGCCUCCGCGAGCCGGGCGGGGCCCCGCUGAGCAAAGCCGCCCGCACGUCGGUGAACCGAGGCCGGGGGCCCGGCGAGAGCUGCGCCCUUCACCUCCAGCACCCCGGGUACAGAUGA